AUGCCUCCGAAAAGUCGAACGGUUGGGAAAAGAGAGCUGAUAGACCUCGGUGUAAUAAUCACGGAAGUAGAUGCGCUGGGGAAUCGGAGGUUGGUCCUGCGACAUGACAGGCGGCCUUCCAUGGUCGCUCCUCCAACCCACUGGGAAUUCACAUGGCCACCUAACCCUCCUCCUCCUGGAGCUCCUCCUCCUCCUCCACCUCCACCUCCUGCUGCCGCCCCUUUCCCAUUCGCAAAUUUGCCCCCUGAACUCAGACUUCAGAUCAUGGGACACCUUGACUUAUCGGGAAACUGCUACAGAAACGGCCUCGCCAUUCUCAACCUUGCUAUAGUCGCCCCAUUGCUUUUCCUGCUUCGUGGUCGUAACAUAUUCCAAGAAGAAGCCCAAGCUAUAUUGGCCGAUCAGGCCAGAGACGUGAACGUCGUGCCAGCAGCUCUGGACUUUGCGAUUCGAGACAACACCGUGCCACUGUGGAUCAUCCGCAGAAUCAUUGCUGCUUACGCAGCCGUUGUGCCCACGUCACUCGACGGGCGUUGGUCCAAUACCCCUAUUCCCGUUUGGGCCCAGAACCGCGUGGUCAUGCCGCCCAUUUUCAUCGCGGCUACGAACCGCCAGAACCCGGCCUUGGGCGGACCCGUGGUUUUGGCGUUAGUUGCCGCAGGUGCCCAGGGCGAUAUCGAAUGGAGGGAUCUGUGGGGUCUUUUCGACGCGAUAGGGGAGGUAAUUCGCAGCGGCACGCAACCCAUGGCGCAAUUCCUCGCAGAACGCGGAUUCAAUAAAAUUGAGCCGCGCUUGGGCAUACAACGCGGCUUCGAGGGUCUUAUUGCGCGGGGUGGUGGGACGUUGCGCGGGCUAUCGGAGGGAGACGGUGCUGGCGGGUUUAUCACUGAACUCGUGAGGCUGGGCGCGAAUGUCGACUUCAGGGGGCCCGCUCACAGAACGAACCAGAACCUCUUCAAUGAGAUGGUGGAUAACCAGCGGUUCGACAACGCACGAGCACUGCUUGAUGCACAGGUUCAGCGGGGGCUCGAGGUUGCCAAACAUACCCUGACCAACUAUGACAUACAUGGAAUAAGAGCUAAUAACGCAUUGCUCACCCAGGUAGCGACCGCGAUGGCUACACUCGGCCAGGAAGACUGGCGGACCAACCUGCUCAGGUCAACGUUUAGACACGCCGAUGAAACGGCAAGGGUUCUUAUACGACAAAACGUCGGCGUCAACCAGGUGAAUCUGAGGCACGCAAUUCGGCAUGCCAGCAACGAGACCGUCACCCUCUUCAUAAUCACAUCGCAGGCCAGAGGCGAGGCAAUCGAUGAGCGUAUAUCCAGGAGCAUAUACACCGGAACCAGGCAAAGACCGCCACGUGCCUUUUUCGAGACGCCUAUGGAGUACGCGUUACACGUUCGCAAUUACGGAGCGGUCGCCUUACUGAGCGGCGCUGGGGCGGUUUACCGCAUGUCGGCGAACACGCGAGCACGCGUCUUUGCGUUGCGCACCCGCUACUUAGAUCCAACUGUUCCUGUCGCAGAACGGGACCCGCGUCGCUAUUUCCACAGGAGCGAGUUCCCGCCAGGAAGAAACCUCCGCCUCGCGCAACGUCGCGUCUUAGCCUCCAUCGAAGCCGCCUUACGAGCCGGUGUGGUUGAGCCUGACCCGCGAACGUCGCCCGAGCCGCCGGACCCGCUUGCGGACAGCGAGGAAUCAGGCUGGGAAACGUCUGAUCCUGAGUAG